GAGGAGCAGGAUGGCGGCCUCGGCCCUGUACGCCUGCACCGAGUGUACCCAGCGCUAUCCCUUCGAGGAGCUCUCCCAGGGCCAGCAGCUCUGCAAGGAAUGUCGGAUCGCACAUCCUAUUGUAAAAUGUACUUACUGCAGAUCAGAAUUUCAACAAGAGAGCAAAACUAACACAAUUUGUAAGAAGUGUGCUCAAAACGUGAAGCAAUUUGGGACGCCCAAGCCUUGUCAGUACUGUAACAUAAUUGCAGCAUUUAUUGGUACCAAGUGUCAGCGUUGCACAAAUUCAGAAAAAAAGUAUGGACCACCUCAGACCUGUGAACAGUGCAAACAGCAGUUUGCUUUUGAUCAGAAGGAGGAAGGAAGAAGAAAGGUUGAUGGAAAGUUAUUAUGCUGGCUCUGUACUUUAUCGUACAAAAGAGUUUUACAGAAGACGAAAGAACAAAGGAAGAGCCUGGGAUCUUCACAUUCAAAUUCAUCUUCUUCAUCUCUUACUGAGAAAGACCAGCAUCAUCCAAAACAUCAUCACCACCAUCAUCACCAUCACCGUCCAGAUAGUGGGAGAACAGACAAUUUUGUCCUUAUAAGUCAACUGAAAGAAGAAGUGAUGUCACUUAAGCGUCUCUUACAGCAGAGAGACCAGACCACUUUAGAAAAAGAUAAAAAGUUAACUGAACUAAAGGCAGACUUUCAGUACCAAGAGUCAAAUUUGAGAACAAAAAUGAACAGUAUGGAAAAAGCUCACAAAGAAACUGUGGAACAACUUCAGGCCAAAAACAGAGAACUACUCAAACAGGUGGCAGCAUUAUCAAAGGGUAAAAAAUUUGACAAAAGUGGAAGCAUACUGACAUCUCCUUGAGAAAGUAAUUUGUUUAGUAUUUCUUCUUACAAUGUAAAUUUGGGGAAAAAAAAUUCUGUGAAGCCCUUAAAUUCUGUGUAGUAGAAAAAUAUUUUUGCACACCAAAUGAAUUGGUGUGUUUCCUAUUCACUUUUAUAAUUGAUAUACAGCAUUUUUUAAGUUGUAAAACGUUCAAAUAAAACUUCAACUGGUUUGAAGUAACUUUUUAAUUAUUUGAUAUCCAGGAACUUUUUUGCCAGCAAUAGUAUUAAACAGUUGUAAAGGAGUGCAUGAGUAGUGCUCUUUGUAAAAUGCAGCAUGCAAUAAUAGAGUAGGUAUGGUUUAAGAAGUCAGAGCAGCAGGGUUUUUUUGUUUUGUUUUUGUUUUACACUAUGCUAAUUUCAGACAAACA